UGGUUACUAGGGGUUACUAGACCUGGUAACAGUGCAGAGUUGAUUACAUUACCCCAUGUUAAUGUUACAGUCGAUUUGGGGCGGGUAGGGGGGCCCAGUAAUCAGCUUCCAUUGUUACAAUGUACAGCUUGGAUUGUCAGCUCUGUGGCCCCAGUAACCUGUGUGUGUUGUUUUGCAGGGAUUCUGUACCGCAAGUCCUGCGCCUCGUCGGGCGCCUGUCUCAUCGCCUCCGCCGGUUACCAGUCCUUCUGCACCCCGGGCAAGGGCAACUCUGUGUGUAUCAGCUGCUGUAAUACCCCCCUGUGCAAUGGGCCCCGGGCUAAGAAGAGGGGCAGUUCCGCCCCCGCGCUGCAGGGCCACGUUUGGGCCACGCCAGUCUUACUCAUGGUGGCCCUGGGCACCGGGCAGCUCUGAUGGAACUGCUGCAUUCUGGGAGCAAACACUGACCCCGGGAAUAUAUAUAUGUACAUUUAUAUAUACGUUUUGUAACUCUUUCCUUUUGGGGUUCACUGAAACCUUUUCUUUUUAAGUUUAUUUGAAGUCGGCACUUUGGGCCCCGUGAGCGCCGCUCGCCUAUUAAACCUGACAAACUGCUGAUUCCGCA